GUCAAAUUAAAAGCAGCUCCAUCGCAGAUUAAACGACAGAAUCCCACUCUAGACCUUGAUUCCUUCUUGUCAGGAACCCCACUAUGCUUUUGCAUUGAUACUUUGGGUACAUCCGAAUUUUUUCUUUCUUUCUGGCAUUUCCCCCGGAUUCCACCCCGGAUCCCACCCAAAAUGACGCACAUGCGCGGACUCAUAUCCACCACCCAAGCGCUUCGCCGUAUCUUCCUCGUUCCUCAAUCGAUAUCCCGGGUUCCUUUUGCCCGCUACUCUCCUAAGCAGUCUCCUCUACAAAACCGACUUCUGCACUCGACGAGCUCCCGGCUUCGACCGUAUGCAAAACCCGCUGAAACACCCGGCCAAGCGAGAGAUGAAGAUAUUCGGGCGGAAUACGUCCAGAUCGUGAACGAGAAUAACAGCCUAGACCCCCCUAUGAGACUGAGCCAUGCCUUACGCUCUUUCGACCGCACCGAGAACUUCCUCCUCCAAGUGUCGCCAGGUACUCGCGACCAACCAGCCGUCUGCAAGAUCGUGAAUCGUCUCGCGAUGCGCGAACAUGAGCGUGCCAAAGCCAAGGCCGCACACACUGCGAAAAUGGCAGUCAAGCAAAUUGAGCUGAAUUGGGCUAUCGAUCCCCAUGAUUUGUCGCAUCGGCUAAAACAAUUGACAACCUUUCUAGACAAGGGCCGGAAAGUCGAGAUUAUCCUGACAAGGAAGAAGGGCAAGCGCGCACCUACGAUAGAGGAGGUUAAAAAUGUGAUGGACAAGGUUUUACAAGUGACCAAAGAUGCAAAUGCCAUGCAGGUUAAACCCAUGGAGGGAGAGCCAGGCAAGCACGUUAUCCUUUUCGUGAAAAAACGGGACUCGUGAGAGCGGUACCAUGCUCUUCGGAAUGUAUAUUAUGAGCAAACAAAAUAAGCAAAACCGCUAUAAGGGUUUCACCUCUACGGUGAUUUGACCCAGUCAAGCACCAUUUAUCGGCCACUUUUAUUUCAAACUCGAUUUCGCAUUCAAGGGUCUCGCCAGGCCUACAUGGGACAUAUUCAUAACUACCUAAGUAGGUAGAGUUGGAAAUAGAAGAAAACGGCGUGGUCACUCAUACAAGGGUUAUUACAGAGUUUUAUCAACUCCGCACAUUCGUCCUCCAUAUCUACGCUCAUAGAGACAUAAUUAGCCUC